CAAAAGCGCGGUUUCAUCAGUAUAAACAUGGCGGCCAUCACCACAACAGUCUUUCUGUGAGCUAACACCACUUUUUACACCAUAAACAUGUCUUCAUUGAAAUAAUGCCCAAACGAAUAAGAUGAGAAAGAUCUGUUUUUCAUCUGUGGUGAAAUUUGUGGCAUUCAUGGCUACUUUUGCGAAUGAAUUUGGGAAUGUCAGUUCGAAUGGCUCUGAAAAUGCAUCAACUUCGAACGGGAAAGCUAAAGGAAAGAAUAUGUCUCGAAUGGAAUCAUGUUCGCUUAUAAUUGUCAGUACAUUAGAUGGUAAACUUUCUGCUUUGGAUGGAAACAACAACGGGGAUUUGAAGUGGAGUCUGCCUGCGUUUUCAGGUCCUCUGUUGUCUUCUAGCCUCAGUUCCUUUCAGACUGGUAAUAAAGUGCGAGUGAUUCCAUCCCUUGAUGGCGGCUUGUACAGAGUAGCUGGAGAUACUAUUGAGUCUAUUCCCUAUACUGCUGACAGCCUUCUAGGCUCAUUCCACAAACUCCAGGAUGGUUCCAUGCUAGUCGGAGGGAAGGAAGCAAUAUCAUGCGGUAUUGACCCCUAUACAGGGAAAGUAAGGUAUAUCUGCUCUGCCGAGGGAUGCAAGCUGUCCGAGGAUGAGGAAAAUGGGCAUGUCCAGAAUAAAGAUGUUCUUGUAGUGAAGAGAACUCAGCAAACAGUCAGGGCAGUGGAUCAGCGGACCGGUUCAGAAAGAUGGAACUUUUCUGUUGGUCAACAAGAUGUAAACUUUCUAGAGGGUAUAGGUGAAGAAGGUGACAACAAGUGCGCAAUGCCUGAUGCCGAGGUGUCGACAGAAUGGGAUCUAAGGAUCUCUAUUCCUGAUGGGCUCAUUGCUGCUGUACAGCCUCAGGCUUCAGGAGAUAUUGCUAAUGAGGUUGUACUGUGGAGUCAUAAAUUUGAAGCACCAAUUGCAGCUAUCUGGACUUUGCAUGGGGAUUAUCUCAAAAGUGUGGACUUAUUCAGUGAUGAGAUUAUGCCAGGGCUGCGUGAUGGCCUACCCAACCAGGACACGGCAGAAGCUAAACCCAUUAUGUAUCUAGGUUCCCAUGAAGGUCAAGUAUACAUCCAGCCCUCCCAUCCAAUCAUAAACACCCUUGAUCCUGCUAUCAAGAUACAUUCCCAAACAAAUGAUGGUAGCCAAAGGAAACCCAGGACAAUCAGCUGGCAACCCAAGCUUGCAACAUCAGCAUCUCGCACACCAACUGUCGUGUCUAAAGAGGUUGCCGUUUGGAAUCCAGUCGAGUAUCCAUUUGACAAUGGGUACUACUUCUAUGGUGACGUCCAGCCAGUUAUUCCACCUCACCACAGAGCGUUACCAAAUGGACAUGGUACAGACAACCAGACCAUAAACAACAAGGAUAAUAAGAAGCCCCCUCCUAACAGUCAUGCCAUGGAGUACUGGAAGGGCGCUAUGGCUGUAGUGGUAGUGUUUGCUGCAUUCGCACAGCUGGUCCUUAAGUUUCUUGUCACACCUGCAAAACCGGCCCCCUCUACAGCACUUCAGAGAUUGCCUUCCUCAUCCGCCUCUACUAUCACUGGCUCUUCUGAGACACUCAUGCAGCUUUCUCCGAGCUCUGCAAGUCUGUCAUUAAAUGCCAGCUUUUCUUCAAGGUACCUGACUGACUUUGAGCAUGAGCUCUGCCUGGGAAAAGGAGGCUUUGGUUUAGUAUUCCAAGCCAGAAACAAGGUGGACGACUGCCAAUAUGCCAUCAAAAGAGUCCGGCUGCCAAACUGUGAUGAAGCAAGGGCCAAAGUGAUGCGUGAGGUGAAGGCCCUUGCCAAGCUAGAACAUUCUGGGAUUGUUCGCUACUUCAAUGCUUGGUUUGAAGCACCCCCUGUUGGAUGGCAGGAGGAGCUUGAUGAAAAAAUGGUUGAUGAUGGAAAAUACUGUGGGAUUGGUGAUGAUGUAUUGUCUACUGGAGGCCUUGUAAUGCAUGACAUCUCACACCAUGAUAACAUUUACAAGCAGAAAGCUCCAAGAAAUGGGCUUAUUUCUGAUCCUGAUGGUAAGAAAAUCCGCCAAAGAAAAUCCACAAGCUCAAGUAGCAAAUCCCAUCACUCAGAUUGUACUUCUGCUGAACACAACCGCCACAACACAAUUACCGAGGACUUGAACCUGGACAUUCCCUUUGACGUCCAACAGCUUGAGAAUGAAGCCUUCUUGCCAGAGGAUGAGAGUGGUUCAUUUGGGAUCGAGUUUGCUGAGUCUAGUGGUUCUCACACUUCGCCUGGGCAGAGCUCACAUGUUGGUGUCGAGGAUGUGUCAGAAUCAAGUGGAAUUGUUUUCAAGCACUCUAGCAAUGGGGAAGCUGCCAUUCCUGUAAGAAACAGCAGCAAAUCUUUGUGUAGCCGUGGUAGCCACUCCUCCACUGAUAGUGACUCGCACAUUUCACCCUCUUUCACAACAUCAGGCCAGUCACUUCUUUCAGGGAAGCACCACAAGUGUGGCAACAAAAACUGCACCAGUGACAUCCUGUCUGCACCCCUCUACCUCUACAUACAGAUGCAGCUAUGUCAGCGUGAGAGCCUCAAGGAUUGGCUAAAAAAUAACAGCACCAGGGAAGAUAUCUUCUGUUUCAAUGUGUUUGAACAGAUUGUGAAUGCAGUGGAGUAUUUCCACAACCGCGGUAUGAUGCAUCGGGACCUUAAGCCCUCCAAUAUCUUCUUUUCCUUGGAUGGGCUGGUGAAAGUUGGUGACUUUGGUCUUGUGACAGCCACAAAGCAAGACAACAUCCAUGAAAUACAAGAGACAGACAAUCCUGGUGAUCUUGAUGGUAACCACACAGGACAAGUUGGUACUCAACUUUACAUGAGCCCAGAACAGAUUGAAGGCAAAGCUUACUCGUUCAAGGUAGACAUCUUCUCACUUGGCCUCAUCCUGUUUGAGCUGUUUCAUCCUUUCAGUACAGAAAUGGAAAGAAUUAAGGUAAUGAGCAACGUCAAGAAGCGCAUUAUGCCAGCUGAAUUCAAGACCAGCAUGACUUUGCAGUCUCAGCUUGUGACGUGGAUGACAUCAGAUCUCCCUACAGAGAGGCCAACAGCUGCAGAGAUCCAGUCGAGUGAUAUCUAUAAAAACAUCAUUACCCUAUCCAAGCAAGGCACCAAAGUCAAGUCUGAAUAAGACAGAGCAAUGGCAAUAAGUCAAUGUACAAAAUAGAUUAAAAGAUAUUUAAAACCUUGUGUGAAGGGUAUGAAUCAGACUGAAAAAACACCCAAAACUGAUACAUGGAAAAUUCAUUGGGUUGACUCAUAUAUGACUAAUAUAGGAUACACCACAAAACAUUGUUUUGUACCCUGUUUUGUACAUUAUAGUACUGUUCAAUAUUGUUGUCUAAAGCUCAUAUAAUUUUAAAUAUUAUUGUGAGGUGUUGUAGAUUAGGAUGGGAGAGGAAUUUAGAUGCCAUUUAGUCUUUGCAAUAGGAGAUUGUCUAUGCCAUUCUUUAUAAGUUGGCUUUCUUCUGUGGGUUGGAAAAAGGGGUCAAAACCCAUUAUGCACACUAUGCAGGGUACAGUCUAGUCUGCAUUGCAGCUGCUCUUAGUGUCAUACAGGGGAAGCCUUUCCAGUCCAUCCCUGACACUAAAAGGUGCUACUAAGCUUACUGUCAAAUUUCUUUUGCACAGUGAUAUAUUGUACUCAUGUGCAACCUACUUGGUUUAUAUUCAAGGUCUUGUUUAUUGUGAAACAGAAAAAGACAUAGUACAUAUUUGUAUAUUUUGUAGUUUUAUAUGUUUAUUUUGUAAAAAUAGAUUUAAAAGAAUAAAUAGACUGUUUACAUAUACAAAGUAUGGAAUUGCAAACAAGGCAUUAAAUAGCUGUUCAACGA